AUGUCUUCUUCUGAAAGAGAAUUAGCAACGUUACGACAACAAGCAGAAAACCUCCAAAAUAUUCAUGCUUCGUGUAUUUAUAAAAAUGCUUUGGCUGACUCCGGUUUCGACCGAGAUUCAAACUUGACAAAAAAUUCUACAUUAACGAAUGAUAAUAAUUUUCUUCGCAAAAAGAAUUCUUCUUUUCAACAAGAAAUUUCAAAUCAUCAUAAUGAAUACGCUAGAAUUGAAUCCGAGCUUUAUCAGCAAGGACAAGAAGUAGAAAGACUAAAAAAAGAAAAUGUUGGCUUUUUGAAAAAUAAGCGAGAAGUAGAAAGGAAAUUAAGAGAGGAGACUCAAGCUUUUGAAAAAGACCGGGCUGGGUGGCAAUCGCGUGAAUCCGAAUUGACUGGUCAAGUAAAAGCUCUCCAAGAAACAAUUAAUGUUCUCGCUCAACAAAAUGAAGCACAAAAGAAAAAUGGUCAGUCAAGUUCUAACGAUGAAGAUAGCCCUCCGUUAACUCCUACUGCGGGUUCUACGCCUUCACAUUAUUCUGUUUUGCGUGAGGCUAAGACUGCUCAACGAACCAUUAAAGAACUUGAAAGACGUGUUAAUGAGUUGACAACUGAAAUUGAAAAUGCUAAAAGAGCACAUACCGAUUCAAUGAAUACAAACAAGAAUCAUGUUGCCAGGAUUCAUCAUUUAGAAAAUGAGCUUGGUCAAGUUAAACAUAUGAAUCAAACUUUAAUGGAAGAAAAUGAAGGGUAUCAACUAUUGUUACAUGAAAAAACCAUGAAAGGUGAAUUUAUGUUAAAUCCUAUCAUGCAGACAAAUCGCACAAACGUUGAUGAUGGUGCAUCAAUUCAAAAUGCUGUAGCCGGUUUAAAUUCAAUUGCCUUAGAUUUACAAGCUGAAAUGAAACGUGCAUCCGAUCUUGAUAAUUUCCUUCAAGGCGAGCGUGUGCAUAAAGAGAGUGACCACACUAUUAUUGAGAAAUUGCAGGAUGAAAUUAAAGCACUCAAAGAUUCUAACAAAGCAAUGUCCCUUUAUAUUGAAAGGAUUCUCAAUCGUAUCAUGGAAGCUAAAGGCUUUGAAGAAAUUUUAUCUAAUGAAUGGUCAGCAAAAAAGACUGUUUCUUCACCCACUUCACCAACUACAGGUUCAUUUAAUUUGAGUCAGGAGCCCGCAAAAAAGAAGAUGGAAAGGCGAAAAACCUUUUCUAGUUUUCACAUACGAAGUGCUUCCCAGCCUCAAAAUAAUCUCAAAUCUGUAAUACAAGAAAAUAUAGCUGAAGAGCCUGAACAAACACGAUCUAAGGAAAAUGAAACAGUGCAACUUGUUGAUUUGUCUAAACGAUCACGAAGAAAUUCUACAUCGACAGGUUUUAGAAAUGGAAAACGAUUUAGUUUCUUUAGUUUCGGUAUGGGUACAAAGGAAAUUGAAAAGAAGGAUGAUCCUCAUUUAAAACAGCUGAUUAUUGUACAGGAAAAUCAAAAAGAAUGA